AUGGCCUCCAUUCGAAAACACUCCUCUUCUUCUUCUACUUCUGUCGAUGAGAUUAAGCCAUGGAAGAUCAAAGUGCAGAUCAUUCGAACGUGCGAGGGAAAUAACAGAGAAUCAGGCAACUCCGUCGAUAUGGUUUUACUCGAUUCGUCGGGAACAAGAAUUCACACAACUAUUCACGAAGCUUUCUCCAAAUGGAUUUCGGAUAUUGGUAGUGGAAAGAUCAACAAGCCGAAUGAUGGAGAAACCGAAAUUGAUAUCCCUCAAGAUUUGCUGAUAACUGAAUGCAAAGAUCCUAUCAAAACCAUAGUGAAUGAAGUUUACGGAGAAUCUUUUGCACAGUCCUUAACUAAUCCUGAUUUUUAUCAAGAGAAGGCUAUUUUGUGUCAUGCAAAUGACGUUGAUCGGAUUAAUGAUUAUAUGCUUUCACAGUUACCAGGUCAAGAGAAAGAAUGUUACAGCGCUGAUAGCAUCCCUCCAGCUCACUCAACCGCGAAUGACGAUAUGAUAUUCCCUCCAGAAGUUUUGAAUAGCAUCAAAGCUUCAGGAUUGCCUGAUUUUAAGUUGAGACUAAAGGUUGGUGUUCCCGUCAUGUUACUUAGGGACCUUAAUCCUUACGAUGGGUUAUGUAAGGGGACAAGACUUCAAAUUACUCGUCUGGAAACUUUUGUGCUUGAGGCUAGGAUUAUAUCAGGUACUAAGCUUGGUGAGAAAGUCUUGAUCCCUAGGAUUAUUUCAUACCCAACAGAAGCAAGUUUUCCAAUCAAAAUGAGGCGUAGGCAGUUUCCUUUGAAACUUGCAUUCGCUAUGGCUAUAGAUGAAAGUGAUCAAGUGCAAACACUUUCCAAAGUCGGUCUAUAUCUACCAAGACGACUGUUCUCUCGUGGACAGAUGUAUGUUGCCAUAUCCAAAGUGAAGUCCAGUGCUGGUUUGGAAGUUCUUAUCACAGAUACAGAAGGGAUGCCCCAGGAAGAAAUUAAGAAUGUGGUGUUCAAGGAGGUGUUUCAGAACAUUUAG